AUGACCAGCCCAUAUUUCCCAGCCCGCACAGUGCUGUUUGAGAGGGAGGAAGGUGGAGUGACCUAUAGGAUACCUGCCCUGCUCUACAUCCCCAAGAGGGCCAUUCUGCUGGCCUUCGCAGAGGAGAGGCUCAGCCCUGAUGACUCCCAUGCGAAUGUGCUGGUCCUGAGAAGGGGGGCCUUCUACAGGACCUAUGUGGAGUGGGGAGACAUGCGUGUCCUGAAGACGGCAUCCCUGGAGGAGCAUCGGUCCAUGAACCCCUGCCCUGUGUACGAUGAGCUCACGGGCACCGUCUUCCUCUUCUUUAUCGCCGUGCUGGGCAACACCCCGGAAUCCUUCCAGAUCAUGACGGGCAAGAACGCAGCCCGCCUUUGCUGUGUGACCAGCUCGGAUGGGGGCCUCACCUGGAGUGCUGUGGCCGACCUCACCGAGCAGGUCAUUGGCUCUGUUAUAGAAGACUGGGCUACCUUUGCUCUGGGCCCGGGCCAUGGCAUACAGCUGAGGUCAGGCCGCCUGCUCGUUCCUGCCUACACUUACCAUAUCGACUGCAAGGAGUGCUUUGGGAAAAUCUGCAAGACCACCCCUCACUCCUUCACCUUCUACAGUGACGACCACGGGCAGAGCUGGCACUUUGGGGACUUCAUCCCCAAUCUGAAAACCGGGGAGUGCCAGCUGGCAUCUGUGUACGAAGAAGACGGCAGCAACGUCCUUUACUGCAAUGCCAGGAGCCCCCUGGGCUGCCGGGUGCAGGCGCUCAGCUUGGACGAUGGGGCUGCUUUCCUCCCAGGACAGCUGGUCCGGAAGUUAGUGGAGAGCAACCGUGGUUGCCAUGGCAGCAUCGUCGGGUUCCCGGCUCCCCUGGUGAGGGGCUCCUCCCGGGUUCCGUCACCAGGGAGGAGAAGAUGGCUUGCGGGUGGCUGUGACUAUUCCCAUUUCCUACAAAAGCUUCACCGCCUGCAGAAGCCCCGGGGAAAGGGGGCUGGGAGCAUCCCAGGCACCUCAAUAGAAAGGGCACCCCAGGGCCACCCACGAGACGAGAGCUCUGAAGAAUCUCUGCUCUCUGCUGCUGGGGGCCACCCAGGCCAGGCUGCCCCAGGCCCUCUCUCCCAACUUGCCACCUCAUUUCAGACACCCACUUGGGUGUUAUAUUCCCACCCAACUAGCCACAGGUCGCGGGUAAACCUGGGAGUCUACCUGAGUACUUUCCCCAGAAAUGCUGAUAGCUGGACAGAGCCUUGGGUGAUCUACGAAGGGCCCAGCGCCUACUCCGAUCUGGCAGCCAUCGAGUUACCCUCCUCAGAGCCGGCAGCCACCCCAGGGAUUCCAGCCAUCACUUUCGCCUGCCUCUAUGAAAGUGGGGCCAGAUAUGCCCACGAGGAGAUCGCUUUUUGUCUUUUCACCCUCUCUGAAGUUAUUGAGAACAUACCCACGAAGCUGAGCUCACUGGGUCAGAGCUGCCAAGGAGGAAGCAAGAACCAGUGGAAAAACUGUGUGACCUCCUGA